GUUCUGUGAAUAUUUGGAAUGGAACAUAGCGGGUGAUCAGUAGUGUAUACGUAAAGUAACAUUAUUAAUUGUUCACUAUCUAAUGAACACAUAGACUAGUUAAUAAUCUGAAUGCCGAUGAAUCCUCUGGAAUAAUAAGCGCAACAUGAUUCUGAGCUGAGAUUCUAAAACAAAACGUUUAGGAGACAAGCUUCGGAUAUGAUGAUUGUAAAUAUGUGUCUUGACUGGAAUAUACGGCUUGGAAUAUACGCGCUGGUCGUCAUAUCAUACACAGAGUGUAUUGCCAGUAAAACCAACACCCACUUGAAAAACAAGUACCAAACAAAUCCCUACUAUCAACCAAUCAACAGCAACGACCCACUUCGCGGAGAGAGAUCAAACGAGUACAUGAUAAAGAGAAAGAUAUUUGUUGGAUACGACAAAUCUAGUCGACCUGUAAGAUAUGAUAACAAUACGAUUGAGACGAACAUAGCAAUGUCAUUGUACCAUAUAUUGGAUACGAAUGAGAAGUUUCAAACGCUGUCUGCCCUUGUCUCAUUGCGUCUGCGAUGGCGAGAUGACUAUCUGCAUUGGAACGAAACGGAGUUUGGAGGAACUAAAACAAUUUGGGUUAAAGCAAACAGAAUCUGGACCCCUGAUAUUUUCAUUUUCAAUUUUGCAGACGAUAGCUUUGACGACUUUAUGAAUACAAACGCCAUUAUUUCAUCCAACGGCCAUAUACUAUGGAUGUUCCCGGCGGUCAUCAAAAUAUACUGUACCUUGAAUGUACAAUAUUUUCCUUUCGAUCACCAGAAAUGCAGUAUAGUAUUCAUAUCCUGGACAUAUAGUGGAUUUGAACUGAAUCUCAUAAAGGAUAAAGAUUUCAAAAAUAUGGUCUACUACAACUCUGAGAAUCAAGAAUGGUAUGUUGAUAGGAUAUCUGUUGAACGUCACGAGAAAUUCUACGCAUGUUGUGAGGAGCCAUACCCGGAUGUUACGUUUACUAUACACAUGCGCAGAAGGAGUUUAUUCUACAUUGUAAAUUUGAUAUUUCCAUGUGUGCUCAUAUAUGGAACUUCAUUUCUCGGAUUUUUCCUACCAGUUGAAUCAGGGGAGAAGGUGAAUUUGGAAAUUACAAUCCUGCUAGCCCUCGUUGUGUUUCUUCUGUUGGUCGGGGAAACCCUUCCACCAACACCCGAUGCUAUACCCGUUCUCGGGAUUUUAUAUGGUACUACGAUGCUGAUGGUGUCUGUUGCUUUAGUGAUGGCUGUCAUAGUAACAAAUAUCUACUUGCGAAAAGAUUCCGGGAGAAAAGUCCCGCGCUUUAUCAUGCGCCUCCUAGUUGGAAGGGCACGUACCUCAUUAGACAUUAAGAUCAGAAAUGAGAACAACCUCCGUAACCUUGAGAACCAUAAUGACACUAAACUCGGAUGUGAAUCUCACAGAGCAGACUUUGAAGUUGAUACUUUAUCAGAUACUAGUGAAAUGGAUGCUUUAACAUGCUCCUGUACGUGCGCUGGAAGAUGUUGUCCAGAGGCAGAUAAAAUGAAAAAGGAGCCAGACCCCAGGACUAUGUAUGAAUGGGAGCUUUUGGCAAAGUGUGUAGAUAGAAUCUUUUUCUGGGUAUUUUUACUGUCAAGUAUAACAGCUUUAUUGGCAAUGUUUUGUAGGAUACCAUUCGGACCAGAAAUACCAUGAUUUGACAUCCUGACGAUUUUGGGAUGUAUCUUACAGUGGAUAAUGUUCCGCUGUUCUUUGCGAUCAUCGUGGAUGAUUUUGCGAUGUUGAUGGAAACACUUCGCAGAAGCGAAGAUAGCAAAAUUUCGGAUGUUAUUAUUUAUCCAAAGAUUGUUUGUAUUACAUUGAGAGAUCCCAUCCACGUUAUGUAGUCUCUCAAAUCUAGUAGAAUUGAAAUAAUCAGCAUAGGAUGAACAGGGUUGUAGUUGUCACGAGUGUGAGUUCUUAUUGUAAGGAACAAUCUCGACAUCUAUAAUAAUGUACUGGAUGUACAGCGAGUGGGUUAUUUUGGACUUAUAGAUCAUGGUAUUGUCAAGAAGAAUACAGAAUGUAAUAUUGAUGCUUGUUGCCAAUUCAUGAUUGAAGAGAAAAUCAUGAAAAUACAUGAGGAUAUUUAGCCGUAUAACAGGAAGGAGUUCGCCAAUUAUUGAGAGCCGAUUAUUAAAGAAUCACGUAUCAUUCUAUAUUGAAAUAUAAACGCAUGAGUGUAUGUACUAACCAAUCUACAUAAUGCACGAAGGCGAAAAGGCGAAGCCUGGGUGCUUUAUCACACAAAUGUUUUUAUAUUUCCAAUAUAGAAAAAUACAUGAUUCU